GUAACUUUACAAGAGAUCAAGGUCGACAUCGAUAAUUUCCACUGUUAAGGGUGCCGCCCUUUGUCAAAUUCCACACUUAUUGUCUGCAAGAGGUCGACACAUAGAUCGCUACAAACGGAUCAUCACGCACUAACAUUAACGUGAUUAGGUAGCAAAUCGCCUUCACUACCGCAGACAAGUGCGGGCCUCAGCGUCCACGCUCCGUCGGUGCCCGUUUCCGCAUAGCGGCUUGGGCUUUACCUUACCCUUAGGCGGCAAUGAGCGUUGUCGAGGAUGACGACGCGGCGUCGCAAGGCAUUAAUAGCGUGAUCGAUGAAAUACUCGACCAGUACCGCUUCAAUUGGGAGCCCGAGCACAGGAUCAAAUUCAAAAAAGAGCUGGCUGGCUUCUCCCUCGGCGUGGGCCUCUCCAAGCCGCACUUGGCCCCGGCGCGGCUCAGAUUGACGCUGAAGCCACCUCACGCGGAAGAGACCAGCAGCAGCAGCAGCAAAAGCAGCACUAGCACUAGCACCAGCACCACCAGCAGCAGUACCAGAAGCAACCGUGUUGCCGGGUGGUACGGCGCCCCAGGGAGGUUCGUACAAAAGGUGUUGGUGCUGCCGCAGCAGCGGUUCGCGGCGCUGUACAGCCGCAAGCUGGCGUGGGGCUUCCUGCGCUGCCAGUUCGUUGCGGGGUACUUUUGGGACCGACGCAAAGCCAGCCUGGAUUACCGGUUGUCCACCAAGUGGAAUGACGGGCUGCGAUUCAAGCGGAAGGAAUACUACCAGCCCACCAACCACCUGCUGCUGCGAGCCAAGUGGAACCUGGACAUGCAGCUGCCGGAUGUGGAGGGGCAUCUGGGCGGCGGCGAGGGCAGCACGCAGGUGCCGGUGGAUGUGGAGUACGGCAGCUUGGACUUUAGUGUCGUACAGCUCGACUGGGUAUGCGACUUGGACGGCUUCAAAGACCGCCGCAGGCACCCGCCGCUGCCCGACCUGGCAGCGGCCGCAUCAGCUCUCUCCCUGCCCGCAGCACUCGGAGGCGCAGGUGGCGGAGCCAAGCAGGCGCAGGGGCAUGCGGGGGCGGGGGCUGCGGCGGCGGCGGCGGCAGGCAAGGUCCCCGGUUCGAUUCCUGAGCCGGCCCCGGCGCUGGCGGGGCGGAUAGCAUGGCCCUGGCAGUCGGGAUAGGCGG